CCUCUUGCGCUCGGGCCGACCGAGGCUACCGGCUCCCUCUGGGGCCUCCAGGCCUCGUCCCGCCCCGCCUCUGACCGGGGAUCCGAUCUCCAGCCUGACUGGCCCCGGGGUCUGGGUCCCCGCCCUCCGGGAGCUGUGCCCUGACCCGGGCCUGUGGCCGGUCACUCAGCGACCUUGUUCCAGCCCGUGCGUGACGCUGUCCUAGCCCUCCGUUGUUUUCCCGCGUCUCUUGCAUCACCGGAGACCCUUGGGGUCGAGGGGAGCUGCCCUGCAGUUCGGGGGAAGGAGACGGAGACGGUGGAAGUUUCAGAGAGGUCGGAGGCUCCUGUCUUGGGGCCCAAGAGUGUGGUGCUUGUCGUUCCCCAUGGCCCCGUGGAGCCGAGAGGUGGUUCUGAGUCUGUACCGGGCUCUGCUGCGCCAAGGCCGAGAGCUUCGCUACACUGAUCGAGACUUCUACUUUGCUUCCAUCCGCCGUGAAUUCAGAAAAAACCAGAAGCUUGAGGACCUAGAGGCUCGGGAGAAGCAGCUGGAGAAGGGCCUGGUCUUCCUCCGUAGCAGACUAGGAGGCCUUAUUUAG